AUGGCACAGCAUAGAGCGUCACACGGGGAUUGCUUCACUCCGGAGAAGCUCUAUCCGACUGCUUCCGACAUGGCAUCCGCAUCCCCAUCCCGCCGAGAGCGGGCUCAGAGUGACAGAGCUCAAGCAAUGCCCGGAAUUGCUCAACGUCCUGCUAUGGGAGACCGAACUGCCUCGGCCCCAGUGGGGGAACUGUACAAAUUGGAUGCGCGGAAACCGGGAGGAUCAGUUAAUACUUUGGUGGAGGAGGAUGAGGGGUCACCGACUGCCGAUGAGGCCCGCAGGUCCCGUCAGAACGAGGACUGCAAGGCCGGAUUUCCCGAAGUGACUAUUGCCGUGGUGGGCGAAGAGAACGCUGGCAAGAGCAGCUUCGUCAGAUGUGCAUUGGAUAUGAAGAGCUCACCUGUCGCUCCUUCGAAUAAGAAGAAGAUGUCGUUGGACGGGUCGGUCUACAUCGUGCGACUACUGGAAGUCGACUUGGCUCAGGUCCAAUUCGACCAGGAGAACAACGUCCUGUGGCCUCGGACAGGACGUGACAGAGCUGCGCCAGCUAUUGAUGGAGUUCUUGUCCUGCAUGAUGCUACUAAACCGGACAGACUUUCGCUCACGACAAACCUCAUCUACUCCUUGGCGACGUCGACUCUGCCGUUCUUACAGGUCGCCUGCAAGUGCGAUGUCCUCCCCGAACCUCUGGAAGAAACUGUGGAUGCAAUCCACGAACGAUAUGAGAUUUACCGCACAUCUUUUUCCUCGCCACGAUCACAGCGAAUGUGCAUUGCGUUGGUGCUGCGGGCGGUGAUCUCGACUCGAGAAGACCUUUUUGAGCCUGAUUCUCUCCCUUCCCCUCCGAGAACCACCACCAAAUCCUUCCAACCUCACCCACCCGAGCAUCACACCCGUACCAACUCCGGAAACCCCUCCGUGUUCACAGCCGCUGGCGGCCCACAACCGACGGUUCCAGAUCGAUGUGUCGAUGGAGACGGUGAUCGUUCCUCCAGCGACCACUUGAACAACCUAGCGCAAACCCCAAGUUCCACCCACUAUGCCCAACGUAAUUCGCAAGCGUUGCGACCGCAAACUCCCCCUGGAGCACGUUUGAACCCGCGCAGACCAUCAGCAGAAGCGAACAACUCCCCGAGUCACGACAGCCGUCAGCAGCGUCUGCAUUCCGCCUGGCGACAUAGUGGAGGGUCGGACGCCUUCAACAGCUUCUUAAACAUGGAGGACGAGAUUGAUGAUGGACAGAGCCGACCCCCGAGUCCUGGUGCCGUCGUGCGACCAAAGCCAAGCAGCGAGAGCAAUUCCAGCGCCGAGACAGGCUUGUCUUUCGACGAGCUUGUUGACCGUUUGAUUUCGCUACCCAUGUCGAAGCAGGAGCAGAAGUUCGGGUCCAUCUUCCUAUGUCUAUACCGCAAAUUUGCUGCCCCUGGAACCCUCUUGACUGCCUUGAUCAGUCGAUUCGAGCGAAAUGAGCAGAGCAACGUCGACCAGCUUACCCGCAUGGCAGAUCAGCUGCGCUUGCUAGACGUUAUGGCCCAGUGGGCCUCGGAAUAUCCAGGAGAUUUUGCUCACCCUAAGCUACGCAAGCGCAUAAUCGACUUUGUUGCUACGCUCGAGAAGAGCCACUUUUAUAUGUUCGCCGCCAAGGAAAUUGGGUCACAGUUGGAUUCCAAUGCAGAAGACGACGAUGUUGGCUGGGCUUAUGGCGGUGAUGUCGACCCCGAUGAUUCUAGUCUCACAGAGACAUUUUUCGACAACUCUGGCCGAAGCUCCCCAGCGCCGGUUCAUACUGGCCUGGACAUCGGCACUGGCACAUACGAAGAUGAGGAAGAACAAGAUCCCAUAUAUAGUAUGAGUGCAUUGGAUCUUAGCGAUGGUCCGCAAGACUCCACAUCCCGACUUUCUGGCACUCUUUCGGUUUCUUCUACUGCCGACAAACCUAAUACCAUGACAAAUCAGUCAUUCACACUCCUAAGUCUCGAGGCAGCUCAAAAGAGGCUUUGCGUCUCGAAUUGA